AUGAACAUUUUUCGGACCAUAUUUGAAAGAAAUCUUUCACAGCUCGCUUUCAAAAGCGCCAGUUCCAGUGGAAGGGAUCGAACGAUGAAACUGACCCAUAUGUAUCAGUUAUCUCUAUCAUAUCAAAAUCCUGAAACUGGUGAGCGAAAAAUCUUCUCUCUAAAUCCGAUCUUACAGAAAUUUCCUUGGCAACUGCCAAGUAAGCAAAAAGAGAUGGUACUUACUUUCCCAGGUGCGAAUCGACAGCAUAUCUCCGUACCUGGUAUAUUGGUAAAUGAAGUUUUGAAAAAAUUCGACCCUCUUCCGUUAUUUCAAAUACCCUUACGGUUACCUCAACAGUCACCAAUGGUUGAGAUAUUCACCGGAGAACGUAUGUUAAAAAUUCGCAGGCAUAAGAUGAGAAAGCAUAAGCGUCGAAAGCGCUACGAUAGAGAUUAUUUUAAAUAUCAAAAAUAUCAUCGGCAGAAGAAGGCUAAAGCAGAAAAUUUGUUCCGGAAUCGUAUGCACAAAAUGCUGGAAGAUUAUAAAGCAUUUGAUCCUGAGAAGUAUAUCAAGGAUAUCAUAGCUUGUGCAAAGCAGGAUGUUACAAAAGACGUCUCACCGAGUGGUCGGCGAAAAUAUCCGCAUUGGUCUACACUAAUUACUUUGGAAGAGCUAUACGGAUUACCUCAAACAGAUUAUAUUGUCAAAGAAGCUGGAUUAGCAGAUGAUGAAGAUCGUGAUAAAAUUAGGCAAAUGAAAAAGGAAUACGAUGAAAAAUACCGUGGAUUUUUAACUCGAGCCAGCUGCAUUCAAGAGAACCAACAAAAAAAUUCCUUGGAUGAAACAAGGAUGCAAGAAAAGAAAAUAGUUGAUAGCAGUGAAAAUUUGGAGAAAACGACUCAAGGGAUUAAUAAGGCUGAUAACAGUGAUAAUCUGAAAAGUUGA